GCUACCUCCGUGGACAUCGUCGCCAGCCUGGCCUCCAUGACCGCGGGCACCCGCUGUGCUUGGGGAUCCUUGCGUGCCGUGGCUGCCGCCCUGCGCCUUUCAAGGGAGCACGCUGAGCUCGCCAGGGACUCUUUGACUUCCUCUGGGCGCCUCGCCUGGGUGGGGGACUACGUCAUCCUGAAGCAGGCGCCGUUCUUCAUCCCCGAGCUGGAGUUCCUCGAG